GAAAUUCUCUGGCUGAACAAACAGGAGAAUGAAGAGUGAUAUGGAAGAUUCAAAAAUUAAACAGAAUACAGCUUUCUGCAUCGUGUGAAACCGAAGAUAUUUCUUCUAAAUGUAAGGCCAGCCAGUUGGUUUUGUAAGAGAGAGGCAGGGCUGAUGCAUUACUCACUUCAGUACACAGCUCCAGACAUGUAGACUGCACAAAAAGUUUCAUUGUUUAGAGUUCACAAAUUUUCAGUAACAAGAACAGGAAAAGGCUCAUUCAGUAUUACGGUCACAACUAGUCUGCAACUAUACGGGGGCUUUGCCGAGAGACAAAACAAGGUGUUUUGAACUGAAGGAAGGCACCAUGCAGGCCAACAUCUUCCCAUUCUAUCCUCAGUCCAGGACACCCUUCAAGUUUGACACCAAAAUCAUUGAAAUAAUUAUAAUCUGCAUUGUCACAGCCUGUACUUUUAUCAUAAUAUUUCCUGGAAUCAGAGGAAAAUCAAGAUCAAUUUGGCUUUUGAGAACAUUAUCAAGUCUAUUUAUUGGCUCUGUAAUUUUAGCUGUUAAUUUCACUAGUGACUGGGAGAUGGGAACCAUCACUGCUACAACUGUAUACAAGUCUUUCAGCCAUUCCAUGUUAAAUGCCAGCAUUGGACUCUGGAUUGGCCUAAAAGGGGUAAACAUCACUCUCAUAGGAAACCCUGAGUACCAACUUAAUGAGACCAUAAAUUACAAUGAGGAAUUUGCCUGGGCUUCUGCAAACCAGUUUGACAAUAAUUAUAAAGAUGGCUUAGAAAGAGGACUACCAUACCCAAUUUUAUAUGUUGCUGAAAAAUUCACCUUUAACAGCCCAUGUGGACUUUUUUAUCAGUACUGCAUUUCAACAUAUUAUUCAUCAGGACUAAUGUGGGUGGCAUUCUGUUCAUGGAUUCUAUACAAUGUGCUCUUCUCCAUGCCAGUUAUUCUGUAUGGUAUCUGCAUGCUGUUUGUAACUGCCGUCUGCAUGUUAGUUUCCUUGAUAUCAUUUACCAGUGUGAGACCGGUGUGUAAGAUUCAGUUUGGAAAUUCUAUUCUGAAAACUCACUUUGGGGUUUCCUAUUGGUUGAGUUUAAUAACAGGACUACUUUGCCUCAUCAUUAGCGUGGCACUUCUAUUUUUAUAUAAAAAACAGCCAAAGGUUCUCCGGCUUAUCUUUGGCUAUGGUGAAGAAGAGGACCUCUCAAAUAAAUCAGAAAAUGAAGAGGAACACAAUUCAGCCUUAAGCUUAAAUGAGAUGCUAUGAAUUGUGUUACCAGUUUUGAGGCUCAAUUGCACAUUAUUUUAUGAAGGGCAGACAUAUGACAGAUGGAUUUCCUUUAGAAGAUGAUCUUUCAUGUACUUUGCUUUUUUGACCCACUAUUUUCAAGUUAAAGCAUCCAUCAGUUCCUUGAGAUAAAUAAACUACACUCAGAGUUAUAAAGCAAAGCUUUUACUUUGCUCUGGAAAAGAACCCUUUUUGUGUGAAGUACAGAAGAAUAGAGAAGCUUAAAGCUACUUGAACGAGAUGAUUUUUAAGUGAUUUUGAAGCUGUAAUAAAUAUAGUUACAUGAUAUACAUUAUAAAAACAGCCAUUAUCCAGUUCUCUUUUUUAAAUAUUGCAUGUCUUGUAAUAAAGCACUUUAAGCAGCAA